AUGAGGAUUCGAAGUGGCGGCCAUGAUUUCGAGGGCACAUCCUAUAAGUCUGAAUUUCUAUUCAUCAUACUUGAUCGAAAUCUUAGGUCAAUUAGCGUUGAUAUUGAAGGAAAUAGUGCUUGGGUUGAGUCUGGUGCAACAAUCGGCGAAUUGCACUAUUCCAUUGCUGAGAAAAGUUGUGCUCAUGCCUUUCCUACUAGGAACUACCCAGGCGUUGGUGCUGGUGGACACUUCAGUGGUGGUGGUGUAGGUAACCUGAUCAAAAAGUAUGGACUAGCUGCUGAUAAUGUCAUUGAUGCAAUCAUGUUUAAUGUAAAUGGUCGAAUUCUUGACUGGGAAUCGAUGGGAACUGAUAUUUUUUGGGCCAUUAGAGGAGGUGGAGGAGCAAGUUUUGGGGGCAUAGCACACAAGCUAAGUGCAGAUCUGCUGAUUUUCAUAACCGUAUCAUCUGGAAAUGGAACUCCAACAAAAGCAAUGUUUCAGUCAUUAUUCCUUGGCAAAGCCGAUCAGCUUCUUAAAGUGAUGGAGAAAAGCUUCCCUGAAAUGCGAUUAAGAAAAGAAGAUUGCUUUGAGAUGAGUUGGAUUGAAUCCGUACCCCAUUUUUCUAAGUAUCAAAGAGGGGAAACUAUAGAAGCCCUUAAGAAUAGGAUACAGCCAGUACCUAAUUAUCCCUUCAAAAGCAAGUCAGACUGA